AUAAAAUGCACCACUAUGUGGGAGGGAAAAUAACAUACUAAUGACAGUGGUUCUUGUUGUUGACAACUGUUCGCUUAACUCUCAUCACAAUUCUUAGUCGUCAUUAAUAAGUCAACAAACAAAGAGUUAUUUAGAAAUUGAAGAAACACAAAUCUAACACUAAAUAAUACACUAGCUUUUACGCAACCUGUUGGUCGUCAAUAUCGCUAGUGUAGGAAGCUUUUUUAGUGUUUACAAGGUUUAUUGCCAUUGAGACGCAACAAUGAGCUCAUGUAACAAAAUGCAGGAGGUGUGGUAGGUGAAUGAGGCUUGGUUUGUUUUUAAACAUCUACAAUCCCUCACAUUUAGCUACAAAAAACAUUUUUUUGAAAAGAAGAUGAAUGUGGAUCUCCAUGUGCCUAGGUGACAUUGUCGAAGGAAUGCUAAUAUAACAAGUUUGUUAAUUUAGCAAGCAUACAUGUCUAACAAUUGAUUGAAGUGUCACCAGAGUCUACCCUCAAUCUCACUUUAACAAUGGCUUAAAAAUAACAAUAAUGGUUCCAAUCCUUAAGCUUACGGCUAGCCCAAAGUAAUUUUCUUUUUGACAGCAACAAGCCCAAAGUAGAGCUUUUGAACUAAAAAUUUCGCGUACUGGAAUUCUGCAAGUCUACCUGGUGAAAGUAGAGCAUCGAGUUUCGCCAAUACAAGUCUGCAGCUAUUGAUAAGUGCGACUGAACUAGAAUAAGACUUGUCCAACUCAAAAGCCAUGAGGUUUUCAUCUUUGCAUAUGGCCAAAUUCUCCCGUUCGCUCUGUUCUUCCUCCUCUCAAAAUCAUUGGUCUCCUCAAAAUCUAUUCAAACAAGGGUUCACUCCCACUCUCCAAUCCAUCAAUCAAUUCCUUUACUUUCUGUUGAGUAGUCACAGAUUCGACUUAAUCGCCCACUUCGUCUCUCAAAUGAGCGGGAACCGAGUCCAGGGCAACUCCCAAACUCAUUCGAUUUCGGCUUGGGCUCUCCUCAAACUCAACAUGUUUGAAGAGGCAGAGCGUUUCAUCAAGACCCACAUGCCAAAGUCUUCAACUUUCUCCAAAGAUCCCAUUUGGGAUUGUCUGAUUGUGGGGUUUAGUAUCCAUGGGAAGGACCCGGACAGGGCCUUCACACUGCUGCAAGAUUCUUUGAUGGAUUACGGUGUGUUGCCCGCUUAUUCUACUUUCCGUUCAUUGAUUCAUAGUCUUAGUUCUCAGGGAAAGAUCACUAGAGCCUUAGAGGUGUUGGAGUUGAUGAAUGAUGACCGUGUGAAUUACCCUUAUGACAAUUUUGUUUGUAGUUCAGUCAUUUCUGGGUUUUGUAAGAUAGGGAAGCCGGAACUUGCCAUUGAGUUCUUCCAUAAUUCACUGAAUGUUAAAGCUUUGAAGCCCAAUCUGGUUACAUACACUGCACUUGUUACUGCGCUUUGUGACUUAGGUAGAGUAAAUGAGGUAUCUGAAUUGGUUUGUAGGAUGAGGGAGGAAGGAUUGGUAUUGGAUGUAGUUUUCUAUAGUAACUGGAUAUCUGGGUGCCUCCGUGAAGGUAUGUUAAAGGAUGCGCUUCAGAAACAUUAUGAUAUGGUUAAAGAAGGAAUUAUGUCUGAUGCAGUUAGCUAUACUAUACUCAUAGAUGGUCUAUCUAAACAGGGGAGUGUCGAAAAAACAGUAGGAUUUCUCCACAAGAUGGUAUACACUAAACUCAAACCUGGACUGGUUACUUAUAGUGCAAUCAUGUUGGGAUUUUGCAGGAAGGGAAAAGUUGUGGAAGCAUUUACUGUAUUUGAGUUGGUUAAGAAUCUGGGGAUUGAACUGGAUGAAUUCGUUUAUGGGAUUUUGGUUGAUGGAUUCUGUAGACAAGGAAAUUUUAAGCUUGUUUCUGAACUGCUCGAUGAAAUGGAAACCACUGGUAUACGUCCAAGUAUUAUCACCUACAAUACAUUGAUCAAUGGCUUAUGCAAUGCUGGAAGAACCUCAGAUGCUGAUGAACUAUCAAAAGGUAUAUUGGGAGACAUUGUGACCUACAGCACAUUGUUACAAGGGUAUGUUGAAGAAGAUAAUGUAGUACGGAUUUUAGAUACCAUACAGAGAUCAAAAGAUGCUGGAAUUAGCUUGGAUAUGAUGAUGUGUAACAUACUACUCAAAGCACAUUUUAUGGUUGGUGCAAUUGAUGAAGCAUAUGCUCUUUAUAAAGGAAUGCAAAGAAUGGGUUUGGUUGCAGAUUCUGUUACUUACUGUACAAUGAUUGAUGGGUAUUUUAAAGUAGAUCGAAUUGAUGAAGCACUUGAGACAUUUGACGAAUUUAGAAAAAGUCCAAUUUCUUCGGUCGCCUGUUACAAUUGUCUGAUUAGUUGGCUAUGCAAGAAGAACUUGGUUGAGAUGGCAAUGGACGCAUUUUUGGAACUCAUUGAGAAAAGCUCGACUCUGGAUGCAGGUACAUAUAUGAUGCUACUCAAGGCCAUUCUCAAAGAAGAAAGGUCAGACAGAGUUUUGAAUAUGAUAUAUAGAAUAGAGGAGCUUGGGCUAGACAUAUUUGGAAGGUUAUGUGAUUACACUAUCAGUUUAUUGUGCAAAAGAAAUUUUGUCUUGUUAGCAAGUGAGGUUUACAUAGCAGCAAGGAGGAAUAACUCAUCUUUGACUAGCAAAUCUUACUACUUCCUCCUAAGAAAACUAAUUGUUAGCGGAAAUUCUCGAUUAACCAGGCCCAUACUAAGUUCUUUUGUAAAGCAAUAUGGUCUCGUUGAACUUAAAGUAAAUAAGAUACUACUGCAUUUUCUCUGCCAAAAGGAUAUUGAAACUGCAGUUUAUUUUCUCAGCAAAGUGAAGGAGAAAAAUCUGAAAGUUGACUUUCCAUUGAGUGCUUUAAAAGCAUUGACUAAAAAUGGUGGAGUUUUGGCUGCCUAUGAACUGAUCAUGGGACCUAAUGAUAAUGUACAAGGUAUGGAUGUGGUUGAUUAUUCACUAGUUGUUGAUGGCCUUAUCAAGGAAGGGCAUCAUAUUAAGGCCUUGGAUAUCUGUGAUAUUGCUGAAAGUAAGCAGGUUUCUCUGAACAUAAUUACAUACAAUUCUCUUAUAAAUGGAUUGUGCCACCAAGGGUGUCUUGUUGAAGCAUUUCGCUUAUUUGAUUCAUUAGAAAGAAUGAAUUUGCGUCCUUCUGAAGUGACAUAUUCAACACUCAUUGACAAUCUGUGUAGAGAAGGAUAUUUGGUGGAUGCCAAACAGUUAGUUGACAAGAUGGUUGUCAAUGGCUACAGAAUCAGUACUCAUGUCUAUAAUUCACUUGUUAACUGUUAUUGCAAGACUGGUCAGAUUGGGGAAGCCUUGAAGAUUUUGAGUAACAUGGAUACAGAACGGCUUAAACCCGAUGAAUUUACCGUUAGUGUUGUGAUUAAUGGUUAUUGUCAGAGUGGGAACAUGGAGCAGGCUCUUGGGUUUUUCUCUGAGUGUCAGUCAAAAGGUACAUCGCCUGAUUUCUUAGGCUAUCUGCUUUUGAUAAGGGGUCUAUGUACCAAGGGGAGGAUGGAAGAGGCCAGAAGCAUCUUAAGAGAGAUGCUGAAGUCACAAUCUGUACUGCAGUUGUUGAGCAGUGUCGAUAAUUUGUCUCAAACAGAAUUGGUGGACGGUUUUCUUGCAUCCUUGUGUGACCAGGGAAGUAUCAAAGAAGCGGUUAUGGUACUUGAUGAAGUUAGUGCUUUAAUUUUUCCACAUAGGAGAAAGUAUGAUCUUGGUCAUGAGUUGGAGGAUCAAGCUGUCCGCCAAGAAAGAACUAAUGUGGAGGUUCCACCUUGUGAGAUGAUGGAAGUGGGCAUGUGUUUGGAGAAUUCUGGCAUUAUCAAGGAAGGAUCUCAAUCCAAUUUAUUUGAUUCAUGUUCUUCCUUAAUUGUAUCUCUCUGCUCAAAAGGUGAUCUUGGUGAGGCUAAUAGAUUAGCACAGGAGAUGCUGGCUAAUUUUGAUAGAAACUGAAACAACGUAUAAUCACCACCUUGGAGCUUUAUUCUUUAUAUGCAGAGGAACUGCAUUUGUACUUCCAGGUAAUAAAUAUUUUGCGCUUCUCUGGUGUGUUGCAUACUAGAGCAGCUGAAUUGUUUUUUGUCAGAUCACUGAUUUUUCUCUUCAUGAACAGAUUUUUCUUGAAGCCAAAUCCAAUAUUGGUGAUUCUUUGUGGACAGUUUGUACUGACAUUGAAAUCCAUGAGGACAACACGAAUAUCGGAAAGCAUUCUGUGCAAUGGAAGGUGCACCGCACUAAAGGUCUUUCACAUGGUACAACCUAAGUUGGGUUGUGUACUGAGUGGCAUGCCUUCUACCAAAAUAUUAGAGGUGUGUGAACUUUCUACCCUGUCAUUUGCUUGUAAGUUGUAACGUUCUGCCUGGGACACUACUGUCCAAGAUAUGUCUACAAUUCACAUGGUAUUGUAGCUAAACUUAUUUCGAUGGCAUUUAAAUUGUGAAACGUAUUGUCAGCUUCAAAAUUUACUUGUAUCAUACAAACCCUUCACUUUGUUGUAGACUUUAUGAGUCAAGCGUUAUAUGUUCCAUUGUUUCGAGUGACACAUGACGUGGCAGUGGGAUCUUGUGUUGGGCAGGCGGAUUGUAUGCUUUUUCAUGACCUGAAUGGCGGACUCUUGUAAAAGGGUACUUACCUGCUUGGUACCCUUUGUGGAUCAGCAUGGUGACUGCCAUUGAUAGGUGUAGCAGUUGUUUUUCCAAGGUUUCAAGAUCUGGGUAUGAAGAUAUCUAAACUCAGUCACUUUCAGUAAGUGAUUUUUUUUUUGUAAGUCUAGUGUAAAAAGAUUGCAUUCUUAACUUAACCUGACCUGACCUGUAAAUUUUAUGACCUUGUCACAUGCACUAUUUUCUGUAGGUGAAUUGAAGAACGUGCAGUAAUUAAAAUGGAUUUGGAUCAUGGAUUUGAAGAUCUUGGAGGUCGUUUGGAUCAUGGAUUUGGAUCACAAUUCUAACCCUAGUGAGAAUUGACCAAAUCCGUGAACCCCCGGGAUUUGGAAUCCCACAUAAUUUGGUGAGAUUUGAGAGAAGGGACCAAAUCCUUGAUGCUAAAUAAACCAAUCCUUUCAUAACAUCUGACAUUCAUACAUCAAUUUUCUCAAAUCCCAAACGAACCAAAUCCAUCACCAAUCCUCAGAUUCAUGGAAAGAGAACAGUAAGUGCAGACGGACCUAACCUCUUCUUUUUGGUUGAAUAAGUUUUUCGAAUUCAAACACUAACAGUAGUUGGACACAUUAUAACAGGCUAACUCCCAGAUCAUAUGCACUGCUCUGCCGUUCUGGAGAUGUAAAUUAACUGUACUGCAGCAUACCCAGCCAUGAAGGAUGCUGUAAAAACUUCAAGCCCUUUUGCCAUGAGAUUGUGAGGUGUACAAGUAAAGCUACGUGCAGCAAAAGAUUUUGGUUGUUGCAGUUGACAUACUUCAUACCCCCGUAUCAACUGGUAUGCAUCAGAUUAUGCAAGUUGAAGCUUAUUGUCUUAUAUGGUUACAUCCUCCACCUUGCUUUCUAUUCUGACAAAUAGUUGCCAGGAUUACCAAUACCGUGCAAAAUGGUUUACCUUCUUUAUGUAAGAAAAAUGGUUGUUGCUUAAGUUUGCUUGGUGGAAGUAUAUAGUGACACAUUUUAGUUUUGCUAAGAGUAAGUUAUUUACGUCAAUGCUAAUCGACAUUCUAUCAAAUCUUAAGAAUAGGGUUCAAGUGCAAGAAAACAAGUUCCUUCGCGAAGGCAUAUUUGCAUCAAGGUGCAUGGAGCUCUGGAAGGAUUGUACUCGUUAUACUGAAGCCAUGUCAAACUCCGCCAAGAAAAAGAAACAAUAAACUUGGUAAGUGGCCAGGAAUCUGAGGAAUAGCGCAUGAAGAAUACUCUUCGUCAUCUGUAUGCCGCCUCCUGUGUACUAUGCUUUCUUCUCCUGACUGUUUAUUUUCUUGAACAGCCAUAUCUUCAAUGGAAUAAAGUUGCCCAAAUUAA